GUCUGCGGACGUAGCGGACAAAACUAAUGUAAAUAUGGGUUUGUACGUUAUCGACCAAAGAAUAUACUGUGAGGGGUCAGUCUCUUUCUACAUAAAAAUAUUACAUUGGGUUGUAAGUACUGAACAAACAUUUAUCCCUGUUAGAGAGGGCUUUUUUUCCUCAAUUCCAAAGUAUUCCUGUUAAAAGAAGAGAGAGAGAGAAAAUAGAAUACCAUUGCAACCUUUUGGUUUUAAACUGUGAGUUAACGAGAUGAGAUUGCAUCAUCUUAUUUAAAACUAAUCUCGACGGUCCUCGCUUUAAAUUAAACAUCUGCAAGUUGCAACUCAAUACAUAACUAUGCCUAACUAUUUAUAUUAUUAUAAUGUGUUGCAAUGAAAUCUUACUGUGGAGGAGUUUUUUAAAUUAUUAUUAUUGCCCUAAAUGGGAAAAGUCACCGUGUGGUUUGCAUAGGCAGUUGAGGUAAAAAAAAAAAAAAAAAAAGUCACGCCUCAUGAUUAAUGUAGUUCAUAUAUUUAUCCAUAAGAGGGGGCAAGAGGAUAAUCACUUUACAACUUGUUUCUGUUUGGUUGCAGACGAUUAUGUCUGCCACAGCUGAUACAUGUAGGAACUUUAUGUAAGCGUACAGUUUAUAAAAGGUAAUAUUUGGUUGGUUGUCACUUGGAAUUAUCAAGUUCACGUAGCAGACAAAGUUAGUUUUAGAAAAAACAUGAUGGAAAGUGACUGAAGGGAAGAUCAAGAAACCAUUUUCCCGAAAUAAGGCAAUCAUAAAAACACAAUUAAAAAUCUUAAGUUAAUUUACAGCAUCUAUUUUCAAAUAGUUACUUAAAAGCACCAGAAAAUACAACAUUUUACACACCAGGAAUAUAAAGCACCAAUCACCGCGCCACAAAAUCCCACAAUACUUCUCUCAAUAACAAACCCCAAAAAAUGACAAAUGGUGCGUUGAAAGCACAUAGUAAAAACCCCCAGACGACACAUAGUUUAAUUUUACAGUUUAAGAACUACAGCAAAACAAAGAUAAAAACGAUUUGCAAGAAAGAAAGAACACUAAUAAAGAAUGUUAAAUGGCAUGUGCUUUGUAUAGCGCUUUUAUCAAUUAAGUCCAGGCUUCACAUAAUUUACAAGCCAAAAAUACUAUUAACCUGUUGAUCUCCAGUUUCUUUAUUUUUUUCCAGUAAAAACACUUAAUUGUGAAAAAUUCAGUUACGUUUUACAGGUGUUCCCUUAAAGAAAUAUAUACUCUUUACUAUUCACAGAACCUGAAAGGAAUGGAUUCUUAUCCUUCUGUGCAGUCAGGAGGUCAUCUGAUCAGUUGCAGAUUCAUUGUAUUGCACGACAAUGACGCCAGACAUUCAGCCGGAGGAAAAAAAAAAGAGAGAGAGAGAGACCAUGGUCUCUCUAAACUAAACAUCUGCAAGUUGCCACUCAAUAUGCCUAACGAGAUGAGAUUGCAUGUCUGCCAUAGAGAUGUCUGUGGCAAUCCUGCAGAUCUCUUUGAUCUGCAGUCCCGCAGCAGAUCAAAGAGAUCUAUAGAUCAAUAAUCUCAACUUGAUCACACAAACUGCUGCGAGGUGAUCAAGUCUGUGUUUAUGCAGAAUCCCAACUUCUGGAACCCGAACUGGUCAGAAUGCAUAAAUAUAUUCUUUAAAGCACAUCAUCACUUCACUGAUGAUCAGAACUGUGAGCUAUGCAGUACAUUUAGGAUGCCGUGCUUGUCUUUUGCGCUUUGAUGAAGCAGUUCCGAUUUUCUCAUUACUAUCUAUUAGUAAAUAAAUCCACUACAGGCACCACUAUGAUGUGUCAGGCACCUGAUGACGAUCCCCGGGGGGUGGAGGAUAUUUGGGUGAGGCGGUCCUGCAACAGGUCUCCAGUCUGCGAGUAGACUAAAAGCGACAUGAGAGCGACUGCGAGCCAUGUGUAUCUCCCUCCCUUCUCCCUCUCAGCCACAAUAUACACUGAUGUGUGACAACCGUCCACGUGGGCUGAAGUGGCCCGCAGAGGGACGACUUCACUCUGCUGCAAGUGCGCAUGAGGAUGGACGGCGGUGGAUGCUUACAAUAGGACGCGCGGCUGUGAAACAGUAUGAAGUCCAAACGCGCAGCAUCUGAGGGUCCCUGGGCGCCACGGUGACAGAUAUGGAUCACUUCUUUCGGAGAAACCGGGCCGGUUUGGUGAAGUCCUUGUUGAGUCUCUCCCUGGUUUUCGUGUCUGUUCUGAUGAUUCUCAAGCUGAAACUGUCGGGGAAAGACGCACGGGACGCGAGCUGGUGCGGCUCGGACUGUUUUCCUUCAACACAGACAGGGGAGAAGUUAAAUUUCUGGAGACUAAAUGCCCCGACGCGAAGCAACGGAGAGGACUCGCAGCGGGCGGCCAACGGGACCCCGACCAGCUGGGAAGUACGAGUUCUCAACUGCAGCGAGGACGAAUUGGUGAAGAGCCAGGGCUGGUUCCAGCGUCUGGACCCGAGGUUUCACCAGUUCGUUCUGCACAGACACUGUAGGUACUUCCCCAUGCUCAUCAACCACCCGGAGAAAUGCGCGGACGGAGAGGUGCACCUCAUCAUGGUGAUCAAGUCCGUCAUCGAGCAGCACAACCGGCGGGAAGCUGUGCGUAAAACCUGGGGCAAGGAGGGCAUAGUAAACGGAAAGAAGAUCAAAACUUUAUUUCUCCUCGGAACUCCGACAACAGGAAAAGACACGAAGAACCUCCAGAAACUGAUCGAGUACGAGGAUCGGGUCUAUAACGACAUCCUGCAGUGGGACUUUAUGGACACCUUCUUCAACCUGACCCUAAAGGAGGUGAAUUUCCUCAAAUGGUUCAACAUCUACUGUCCCGGGGUGAGGUUCAUAUUCAAAGGAGACGACGACGUGUUUGUGAACACGCACAACCUGCUGGAGUUCAUUGGCUUCAAGGUGGAGGAGCGCAAAGACGCCGACUUAUUUGUGGGGGACACAAUCUCCAAGGCGAGCCCCAUCCGGAACCGCCAGAGCAAAUACUACAUACCCAAAGAGCUCUACGACAAGCCGUACCCGCCUUAUGUAGGGGGUGGCGGGUUCGUGAUGUCCUCCCAGGUGGCCAGGAGGCUCUUCACGGCCUCGGAGGACGUGGAGCUGUACCCCAUCGACGACGUGUUUUUAGGGAUGUGUCUCAAGAGGCUGAACGUGGCUCCGGAGUUGCACGCAGGCUUCAGGACCUUCGGCAUCACCAGACAAAAGGUGAGCUCCUUGAACACGGACCCGUGCAUAUACAGGAGCCUCAUCGUGGUGCACAAACUGAGCCCGGAGGAGCUGCUCAGGAUGUGGAGCGCAGUGCACAGCAAGGAUCUGGUUUGCGCGCAACGGACCGUUAUAUGAAGGACCCCCAGCAAGCUAUGAAAACAACUUUUAGUUGAUCGAUACAUUCGUUAAAUCGUCCGGAGCUGUCUUUAUUAUUAUUCCGACUGCAUUCGAUCUUCAGCGGAUUGAGUGGAGAGAAACUUAGUCGGUGUUCUCUGCGUACCAGAUGAAACUGUUCACAACUGAGGGUCCACAGUGGACCUCUUUUGGUUGAUUUGUAAUUUGUAAAACCACUAAAGCUCCAACUAAUAAGACAUGAACAUUUUCAAAUUCAGUUUGUGCCAUUUACUAUCCUCAAGUCCUAAUGUGAGAGACAACACUCGAUUAUGAACUGUGGGCGAGUAGUGUUGACAUUUGCAGGUUAAAACGUGACUCUUUCCAUCACUCCUCUGUUCGGGUAUUUUCUGAGAUUUCGUUCUCUAAUUUCAUGAUUUUAUAAACUAGGGAUAGGCUGGCACUAGAUUCCAAAGAUAUGAGACGACCUUAAGAAAAAACUAGUACGGAAUCCUACUGACAAAAAAUAAACUUAAGAUCUCUAACUAGACCCAUUGGUAUUUAUUUAAAACAGGAAAUCAAGUUAUUCCUUCUACUCACAAUGUAACUGAAACAUUGAUGUGUAGCAAUUAUACACUAUUAAUCUUUUUUCUUUUUUUUUUUUACUUUGCAAUUUUUUGUUUCAGCUACCUGACAGCUAACACCUGUUGCAGCAACAUGUGUGGGAAGGGCUCUGCUUUGUUAGUCUGCACACCAUUCAGCUGGAGAGCACUCUUAUUUUAUUUUUUUUUAAAUUGCACUAUCAGGACACUGUGAUUAAAAUGUAUAUAUUUAAAAAAAGGUAUAUGUUUAACAGCUAUGGCCUUAAAGCCAUAACUGUGGGAAAUCAUACCGCUGCCUCACUCAUGCCUAAUUUUAGCCGCAAAGGGAACUUAAUAGGUUUUGUUCUAAACCUAUUAAGAACAGUAGUUAUUUGAUUAUUUUACAAUGUAUUGUAAAAAUGUAAAAAAAAGAGAAAAAUUGUGGAUGUCAACAUGGUUUAUGUUUGAUGUAAUUCCUUUGUUUUUGGUUAAGAGAAAGUAGGCCCAAGACCAAAGAAAAAGGAACUAAUGUCAAUAGCUCUUGCACUCUGUGAAAAUAAAACUGGAAUCCCUAAGUCACUUUGUAAAAUGCAGCACGUCUGGUGUCAUCAUUUGAUUAACAGCAAUGUUCGGAGAGCAUCCCAGCUGUAAUUUGACAAAACUCAUUAUAUUCUGGUGCGCUACAGACAAUAAGAUUAUUUCCUUCUUUAUUUUGGCGCAGCUAACGACCGGCCAACAACCAUUUAGGGCCGGAGCAUUCACAGAGACAUUUGGUUAUUUGUCAUUCAGCUUUAUUUCAUAUACACAACACACACAUUUCCAUAGAAAAGUAUGCAAACACGUCAUAAGAAUGAUUGACUACAGUGCACAGAAAGCACCAUAAACUCUGUCACAAUGCCACAGCAUAUUAAAAGUCCACACAAUAGCAGGCCAUGUUAGAAACUAAAUAUGCAGCAUCUUAUAAAACAGCUGCUGACCAGCGGUAGCUCUUUCGUUGACAUUUUUUGACAUUGUACGAACAGCUUCAUGAAAUGUGAAACGCAAGAGCUCAAGAAUACAUUAAAAGUUUCCGACCAUUUCAUAGUCAAAUACAUUCUGUCACUUUUUCUAACGUGUUCCAGUUAGGACUGUCAAGACAUUUGCACAUUAAAAUAAAAACUGAAUAAAUACUCUGGGUAGUUGUUAACCUUUGUAGUGUGACUACAUGGUGCAAUAAUCUUUCUUUUUUUCAUUAUUUUUCAUUUAAUAUUCUCUACAGCUAAGAUUUAGCUCAGAACACUCAUUUGCAAGAUUGUCAUUUGGAAAUUUCAGGAAAAUAACAGGUAACAAAAUUCCUUUGGCAAAGUGUUUCUUAAUUCCCUGUGUAAGGAAGACAAUGUUAGGGAAUGCCAGGGCAGACGGCUCACUGACGGUGGCAGUAAAUCUUGGGCAGGUUUGUAAUGGCUUUAGGAAGAAAGGGCUGUCAGAGCUGUUGCCAUAGAGAUUUCAGCCAGUAGCUUGUUACUUCUGCUUCUUUUAAGACACUUACAAAUAGAGGUUUAUAUUUGUGCAGAAGCGAGCAUUCAGCCAAAGAUCAAAAAUAGAUAUUUACAUAGACAGCAUGAAAAAAAAUUCAACUUUUUUUUCCCCUCACUGUCUGGCAUGUAAUCAGACUGUAGUUUUGACCAUUUCCGUCAAAAUUAGCAACACUAUUUGUAUUAGUUAAAUGCGUUUAUAUUUGUUAAAUGAGGAAUCUUUGACUGUUUCCUUUAAAUUCAGAAGUUUACAUGCCUUAAGAUAAUUACACCUUUGAAACAAUUUUCAAAAGCUCAGAUUAGGAUGCAGUGGCUCUGUAAGUUUCAGACAUGCUGUUUCAGUGAAUUUGGGUUAAUUGAAUUUUUAGCUAAUAUUUUUUGACUUUCCUUAAAUUCUGACAUUUAUAUUAAUUGCUUUAGUCUUUAGAAAAUUCCCUUUUAAACUCUAUGACUUAGUUAAAAUACUGUGUCUCUUCUCAACAAGGCUCUGGAGAUUUCACUUAUUCGUCUGACGCAGCUGGGUUAACUGAGCAAGCUUUGCAGGUCGCUUUGCUCACACACGCAAACUUUUUCGACUCUCACCACAGUUGCAGCAGUUGGCCCUUUAGUGGAAAGUCAUAAACUUCCUGGUUGAUUGAGUAAAAUACCACUUCCACAUUUCUCAUGAUGCCAUUUAUUUGGUGAAGUGCUUCACAUUCAAAACAGUGUUUUCAGGAAGGUAAGCUUCCCCCAUUUUCUCCUAGAAUCUUCACUCUGGCCGAAAGCUCCAACUGCAUUUUGAUCUGACCAUCAAAGAUGUUACCAGAGACCAACAUUAUUUUCUCCGAGUCCAUUUUCAAACUGUAAUCUGGUUGUUAAAGUAGAGUUUGGAGGAAUGGAAUCAGCCUUGCUGCGUGACCUUUCGGCCCAUGUUGGCACAGGUGUCAUUUCUCUCUGGGUAAACACUCUCUCAGCGGGUUUAGCAAGCAUCUUCGCAAAAGUCUUUUGCCUUGGAGUUGAUUGUUGCUAAUAUCUGGGUACACAGGAGUCCUCUCCUUCUAGAUCUGUAUGAUGACUGGACCUUCCCUUGUUGCUUAUACUUCUGAAUAAUGCUUACAACAGAUGAAUGUGGCGCUUUCAGACAUCUGGAUUUUGAUCCACAAUCCUGGUUCCUUUAGAUUUUUCCAUGAUGUCACACAAGGAAAGUGUGGGAGAACCACAGUGCUGGUUCUGUUGGACCUCAGUGCAGCUUUUGACACUGUUGACCAUGAAAUAUUACUGAAUCGACUGGAGAGUUGGGUCGGACUCUCCGGUCCAGUGCUUAA